AUGGCAGAUAUAUCUAAAAUGACAUUAAAGAUACUCUACACACUGGAUAAUGGGUCCAGUGGAACUUAUUUGGCCAGGUCCAAGACACCACAACAGGUACGUGUAGCCAGUAUACCGAACCUCAACUCCCCCAACGAUGGUGAAAUGGGUAUGGGAUUAAGAAUUGGAGCUGUUGAUUUAUCACUAGUUUUGAAAGAAAUUUAUUUAAAUUCGCCGGAGCUACUCAAUGGCAGCAUGGCAAAAAUGGGAUUCGAUUACAAUCUCUACUACAAGGAUAUAUGCGAAGCUGAUGAGCCAUUGGUCAGUUUGGGUCUGUUGUCUCAAAUACGGCAGAAAUUGAAUAAUAGAAGACAGCAUCAAAUUGAGGAAGAAAUUGAGGAGGACGAUGCGACCAUAGUGAUCGGUAGGGUUUGUUCCAAUUUCCAAGCGCUUUUAAAGAAAAGUUACAGUAAUGCCAGUAAAGAUGGUUCUGAUACUGAUUCAGUUAUACCUGAGACUCUGGAAUUAAAAUUGAGCUUAAUCAAAGUUGUUCAUCCUAAAAAUGCGAGGAAAAAUGUACCGUCAAUGCCAAAUUUUCCAUCAAAAGUUAUACGGCCUGCUAAGCCAACGAAAAGACCAACAAAUCCAACGCCUGCACCCAAGGCUGGAAGAACCCAGUCGCUACCAAUUUGGAAUAUGGAAACCAAGGACUCGAAUGGUUCAGUGAAUUCCAUUGCUCGUAAGAUUUACCUGGCUGAUAGAAAGACAGAAUUGGAACAGAUGAACGAACCUCCUCACAAUCCAUUAGCAUACCAAGUGAGUGCACUACAGCAGGAUAAUACUGUUCAAAGGACAAAAUUAGAUACUUCAGUGAGCCGUAGAUUUGAAUCACUUGCCAAUAAGAAGAAAAAACCCCAGCAACAGCAACAGCACCAAUCGAAGAAAGCACCUAAUGCAAAGAAAUCGCAUGCGGCUCCCAAGGCCCGUCGUUGUAAUACCAUGGCGGCAAUCCCUACACCAUCCGAUGAAUCGAAAUCAUUAGCCAAGAAGCACGAGAAAUUGGGAACUGAUGCAGGUUCUUUGAACGACGUUGUCCAAGAAAUGUUAGCUGGUCCUGAUGAUACGCUACCAGUAGUAAAUGAUGAUAAGGAAAAUUUCCCCCCACCACCACCACCGGUGGAGAACAGUGAUGAAGCGCAGGGAGGCAUAGAUUUAGACCUGCUAGAUUUCUCAGAACUUGGUGAAAUGGAUUGGUUUCAAAAUUUUGAUCCAUUUAAUUCACCUUCUUUGGUGCCGGCUGCUAAUAAUGGUGAACCAGUGAAAAAUACAACACCCAGGGAUCAAAAUACUGGUAAUACUAUGACAAUUGGUGAUGAGGAAGUCGCUGAUGUCGAGGAGGACCCCUGUGAUAAAAUUGGUGUUACUAGUGACAUCGAUCGUACUUCCCCCAUCGAUACUUUAUCCAUGCCCUUGAUGGAAUUGAACCAACAACCACAUGCUAAGUUAAUCACAUGCCAGGAACAAUUGAAGCGCCUACCGCUAAUAGGACCAAAACACAGUAGUAGCGGUAACGUAACGGGUGACAGUAAGAAGGACAACAGGGCUGGGAGUGACACUAGUAAGCAGAGCAAGAGCAAAGACGACGAAAUUGAUGACGAUCAGACAUCUAUCGUUGGCAGCUAUUCCACACCAGUACAAGAGGACCGUCCAAAGAAACGUGAAAAAUCUCAACUAGUGGUAGAAAACUCAUCACCAAUUCCCAAGAGAAGUUACGCGGAUGAUGAUGAUUGUGACGAAAAGGUACCUUCCUAUAAGAAGCAACGUACAAUUCCAUCCUCUCCUACGACAAUGUUCAACUAUCAAGAUGAAGCAUCGAGUCAAGUUGAUGAUGAUGAUGAGAAUAACGAUUUAUUUUCAUCGUUCGUCAACGGUUCGAGGCCAUCGAACCAAGAUGAAAUGAACGAUACUCCGGCUACACAGUACCAAAAUCAGUCGAGCGACAACAUAAAAUAA